AUGAAAACAAUCAACAGCACACUGUUAACAGAGUUCAUCCUGACUGGAAUUCCCCAUCCAGUUCGGCUAAGAACUUUUCUUUUUGUGUUCUUUUUGUUCAUCUACAUCUUGGCUCAGUUGGGGAACUUAAUUAUUCUAAUCACUGUCUGGACAGACCCACAGCUCCAUGCCCGCCCCAUGUAUAUUUUUCUUGGUGUUCUCUCCGUCAUUGACAUGGGCAUCUCCUCCAUCAUUGUCCCUCGCCUCAUGAUGAACUUCACUGAAGGCAUCAAACCCAUCCCAUUUGGUGGCUGUGUGGCUCAACUCUGUUUCUAUCACUUCGUCGGCAGCACCGUGUGCUUCCUCUACACACUGAUGGCCUAUGACAGAUACUUGGCAAUAUGCCGGCCUCUGCGCUACCCUGUGCUCAUGACAGCUAAGCUGAGUGCCUUGCUUGUGGCUGGAAUUUGGGUGGCAGCGUCCUUUCAUGGGGCUCUCCAAACCAUCCUAACCUUCCGCCUGCCUUAUUGUGGGCCAAAUCGGGUGGAUUACUUCUUCUGUGAUAUUCCUGCAGUGUUGAGACUUGCCUGUGCAGACACAACAGUUAAUGAAUUGGUGACUUUUGUGGACAUUGGGGUGGUAGUUGCCAGUUCCUUCUCUCUGAUCCUACUGUCCUAUAUUAAAAUCAUUCAGGCAAUCCUGAGAAUCCAUACAGCUGAUGGGCGGCGCCGGGCUUUUUCAACCUGUGGAGCACACGUAACCUUGGUGACUGUGUACUAUGUGCCCUGUGCCUUUAUAUACCUGCGGCCUGCAACUAACAGUCCUUUGGAUGGAGCAGCUGCCCUUUUACCCACAGCUAUUACUCCUUUCCUCAACCCUCUUAUCUACACACUAAGAAACCAAGAGGUGAAAAUGGCCCUAAAGAGAAUGGUAAGAGGCACAGGAGCAAAAAGUGAGGUUUGA